ACGUCCAUUUGUGUUUUGACGGCUUCACAUUUCAGAGAACUUAUUUGUCGUUGAAAUUAAAAAAUGCAUUGAAACAAUUAUCGUUCCUGAUGUACUUAUUAAUGAAAAGUGUUGUAAUGGUAUAAAAAUGUUGAAUCAAACUUCGACUGAAGCACUGCUAUCAGCAGCUUACGUUGAGAAUUACUUGGAUAUCGUGGAUAAUCUUCCAAAUGAUUUGCAACGACAUUUAUCGCGUAUGCGAGAGUUAGAUGUAACAUACAGAGAAUGUCUGAGAGACGCUGAGGCACACCUAGCAGUAUGUAUUGGUCCCAAUACAGAAGAAAGAAGGCGUAGUAGGGCAGCUCUGAGGUUGCAAGCUGCCCUUGUUGCAGCACAAGAAACAGGAGACGAAAAACUGCAAGUUGUUCAACUUUUGCAGGACCUAAUUGACAACAAACAAAGAUGCCUAGAUGCUGAUCAUAAAAAAUUGGUGUCAUGCUUAGAAGUCAAAACUAAUGGGGCUGUAAAAGAGGAGCCAACACAAAAUACAGAGACCAGAUCAAUUGAGAAAGAAACUAACUCACUGCAGACACAGCAGCAGACGGUACCUCCACCACCACCUGAGCGGAAUACUGAAAAAGAUAAGGAUAAGUCUGAAAAAGAGAAAGGAGGUGAACGCUGGUCAAAGAGAGCCCGUCGAUCCCGUACAACAGCAGGUGCUGCUACUGAUGGAGCUGACUCCAGUGAAAGAGAUAGUGAGCGACACACUCACAGCACUCAUAAGAAAGGUAUAGGCAAGAAGAAAAAACGCAAAGCGCGUCAAGCAACACAGCGCUCUGAGACACCACCUGAAGAAACCGACGCCAUAGACCCUGAUGAGCCUCGGUACUGUCUGUGUGAUCAGAUAUCCUUUGGAGAAAUGAUUCUCUGUGACAAUGACUUAUGUCCUAUUGAGUGGUUCCAUUUCUCGUGUGUGUCUCUCACAACGAAACCUAAAGGCAAGUGGUUCUGCCCAAAAUGUCGAGGUGACAGACCAAAUGUCAUGAAGCCCAAGGGACAAUUUCUAAAGGAGCUCGAAAGGUAUAAUCGAGAGAAGGAAGAAAAAGCAUAGCAUACAUUGUUUGGUUAGUGAGGUUGUGAUAUUGUAUGAAGAGCACAGUUAUGUUUGUAAGAUGUUUCAAUGCAAAAACUAUGGGUAAAACAAUAGUGACAGAACAUGCUGCUUUAAAAUAAAUUUUCAUUAAUGAUUUAUGUGUAGCAAUAAAUAAUUAAAUUUUUCCACAUUAAUUGUAAUUUUCUUAAACCAAGAAUAUUUGUAAAAUAUUUUAAUUCCCAAAUUUCUUAUGAAAUAGUUUCUUGUAAAAAAUAUUUUGCUACUUUAACCUACGCGGCCUUAUAAUACUGUGCUUGUUACCAUAGUUGCCAUUUUUUACAUGAAUUAACGUAACAAUGGUAACUAUGGUGAGUCCAUCUUUUAUAAUUCUGCAAAUUAUUUGUGAUUGAAAAUAAACAAUUCUCCAGUAAGUUUUAAUAUGUAUAAAAUAGUCUUUCAAAAUAACAUACAACUGUUAUAACAACUGUAAAGACUAAAGGCAGCUGGCAAAUUAUUUUAGUGCAAUGAUACUUAAUAAGAGCAUAAUAAUAUAAAUAGUUUAUUUACUUUAUUACUGAAUCAAAAAUUAAAAUCUUAUAACUCAUUCCUAAGUGUACCUGAGCCUACAACAGAUCAGAUUUAAUAUGUAUGGUAAAUGUUAAAAAUCUAAUACUAAAUAUACUCCAAAUAAAGCUGAUCCAAUCUGAUUUGUGCAUUUACAAUCAGAGCACAAAAUAUAGAAUUUAAUAUUAGAAAUUUUGUAAAUUUUCGCAAUGAGUUUAAUAAUGGUGUAUAAAAUGGUGAAUCAAUGUGAACUUGUGCUAAUGAGAUUCCAUUCACUUCAUGGAAGUUUGCUGUGUCAAUGAAGUACAGCAUUUGCGCAUUUAUGAUAAUAAUUCAAGCCCAAUGUUAUGUUAAUAAUUUUUUUGACUCCAAACGUAAUUCAAUGGUAUGACAUAGAGCAAUAUGUAUAGAAUAUUCCUAUAAUUAGAUAAUGAACAGAUUAAUUUUGUCAUUUUAAUAUAAGAUUUAAUUUAUA